AUGGCCUCCAGUCCCGACCCGCCGUCCCCGUUACUCGUUCGGCUGCGGGAGUCCAUCCCCCGGGCGCAUAGGAAGCUAGAGAUAUACUUCCAGAGCCGGGCCUCGGGAGGCGGGGAGUGUUCGGUUCAGGCCGUGGGCCCCAGCGCCCCGGACACCUUCGAGGUGAAGUUCCUAAAAAAAUCAGAUAAGGAGAACGUGUUGAAAAAGAGAGACCACCAGAUGUUAGUUGGUGAGAAACCUGUGACCAUUGUCCUGGAAACUAUUAAAAAGCCAGUAGAGGACCUGAGACCCAGACUUCCAUCCUUGACACAACCAGCUGAGACACCAAGCCCCAGACAUCUAUCCUUGACACAGCCAGCUGAGACACCAAGCCCCAGACAUCUAUCCUUGACACAGCCAGCUGAGACACCAAGCUCCAGACCUCCAUCCUUGACAGAGUCUCUGAAUGAAGCACUGUGUGAUGAGAUGUAUCUCGGUGAUGAUCAUGUUUUUAACUCUGUUGACUCAGUUGUCCAAAAGGUCUUUCUUGCUGUGACCGCUGAGCUGAACUGUGACCUGCUCUCUAAAGAGCAGAGAGCAUAUAUAACCACGGUCUGCCCUCAUGUCAAAAGCAUGGAGGGUAGAGACGGAAUUAAGAAGGUGUGUGGCAACUUCAAAGAUAUUGAAAAGAUAUAUCAGUUCUUGAGUGCCCAGCUUAUGGAAAGUGAGCAGAAGGGGAAGUACGCCCCACAGAGAUACACACCUUCCGAUGUGGAGAGGGAGCCACCCGAUCCGAGCAGUUUUGAAGUUUCUGUACUUUUGCUUGAAUAUUUCAAGCAUAUUUAUCCGGGUAGAAUAGAGGCCAUAGAGAAAAAAUUUGGUGUAAACAUUGUAAUCCAAGAGAGUGCUCCCAGUAUGGUCUCUAUAGGCUUCACCUCCAGCCAAUCAGGAAACUUAGAAGAAGCAAGUCGGGCUUUUGUCAGAGGCUUUCAGAAAUGCACGCAGUCUUUGAAGCAAGAUUGUAUCUCUUUAGAGGAGCACCAGAGAGCAAAGGAGGUCAGACAGGAGCUGAGUCGCUGCUUCCCAAAGCUCUUGAUAAAGGCACAGGGAAGAAAGCUAACUCUCCUCGGCUCUUCGGCUGACGUUUCAGCCGCCACACAAAAGGUCUCCCAAACUCUUGUCCUGACACCUGUGAAAGUAACCACAUCUGGGUACAUGUCGGGAAUCGAAGUUGAUUCGACUCGCUUUAAGCUUCUAGAACCGGAACUGCUUCAGGAAAUCUCAGAGAUCGAAUGGAAGUUUAACAUGUGUGUCACAGUCCUGGAAAAAGGGCAGAAAACCUCCAUUCUCUUUGUCCCCAAGGAUAAAGAGUUAGACUUGUCUGUGCAGUCAUACACAAGUUUUACUGAUGCCUUCCAGCAUGCCAUGUGCCAACUGAGGACAGAAGUUAUGUCGCUGAAACAGUUGGGCAAGGAGAGAGCUUGCUUACACAAGACCAAGUUUGCCGACGACUUAAGAAAAAAGCACCCACACGUGCACUUUGUGAUAUCUCAGGAGUCAGUGACCUUGACUGGUUUGCCGAAUCACCUUGCGCAGGCAAUGCAGUCUGUCUCCAAAAGAACAGGACUCUCUCUGUCGUCUGGAGAGAAAUUGGCUAUGGAUCAUGAAACACCCAUGGAGAUCAACAGGGAUGACUCGAAUGUAGCUUUACCUCCUCCUGGAGGCUCUGCAAGCAGCCCUGCAGCCUCAAAGGGGAACAAGGACGAGGACAACUGUGUCAUCUGCAUGGAUACCAUCAGCGACAAGUACGUGCUCGAUAAGUGCAAGCAUGAAUUCUGCGCCUCUUGUAUCAGCAAAGCCAUGUCAAUCAAGCCUGUCUGCCCUGUGUGUCUGACUUCCUACGGUGUCCAGAAAGGGAACCAGCCAGAGGGAACCAUGACUCACGCCAUUCAAAAAGAGUCACUUCCGGGUUAUGAAGGCUGUGGUACUAUCGUGAUUCAUUACAUUAUGAGCGCUGGCACCCAAACAAAUAAGCACCCAAGCCCAGGAAAGGCUUAUCCUGGAACACAUCGAAUUGCAUACUUGCCUGAUAACACCGAGGGAAGAAAGGUUUUGGAUCUGCUCCGAGAAGCCUUUAAACACAAGCUGACUUUCACAAUAGGAUAUUCUCGAGCAUUAGGAGUCUCAGAUGUCAUUACAUGGAAUGAUAUUCAUCACAAAACACAAAAGUUUGGAGGACCAGAAAAUUUUGGCUACCCUGAUCCUGAUUACCUGAAACGUGUCAAGGAGGAGCUGAAAGCAAAAGGGAUUGAGUAAGGAAACUGCAGGGAAGAUGUCUAUCCACUUGAAAAAGAAGUGUGUUAGGAGGCUGUGUUAGUACAACCAAAAUGUUUUUCUAGAAAAACUUUAUAACAUUUUUCAUGUGAAGUAGUUUGCUUGCCAGUUAUUUCUAGAGUGCCACUCUUUGAUGGAAGGCGAACUAUAAAGGGCACGGGCUGGGAAAAUGGCUUCAUCUACAAAGUGUCAAGAAAGGAGCUCAGAUCUGCAUCCUCCAUAGUGUGAUGGGAUGCACUUGUAAUCUUAGCACUGGUGAGUGGAGACAGGAGAAUUCCUGGAGCUUACUGGUUAACUAAUCUAGUCAAAACC